UUAAAGUGACAGGGAGCAAAUAGAGAGAGGACAAAACUAGACUAAUGUCUAACUACUAACCAACUAAUGUUGGAUCGACAGUUUGUUUUGUUUUAGUCUUAACAUACAGUGUGUUAAAGCUACAGCAGGCAGGCGGGAAAAUCAGACCGUGAACACACGUCACGUGAUCACAGAUGAACAGGAUCAGAUUAUAAGUUCUCUUACUGGAGGACUUUGAUCCAGCAGGUCACUGCAUGCUUUUCUGACAGGAGGCAACUUUUAUACAAACUGCAGUCCUACCUCCUGUGUCAUCAUGGCACGUUACAUCUUAAUGGCAGCUCUUUUCCUCAUUCCCCUGUGGAAAUAUGAGAAAAUGGACCCGGACACAAUCCAGUCACAAGUCAAAGAGAAAGAAUCAGAAAAAGCACUGACUAAUUUGACAGAACAGAUGAAGGACACUGAGAACUUGACAGAACCACAGUUUCAAAUGAACAACACAACGCAGAACCAGAAGGACAGACUGUUCUUUAAACCUGCUUUCACUGCCCUCAACCUUGACACAGUAUUCUUCCUUCUAUUAAUACACACUUGUGGAGCUGAUUUGGUUCAAUCCAUUUCCACACUGUCUCAACACAUGUGGUCGAUUGGUGUCUUGGCUGAAUUGGCUUUCAGUGUUAUUCUUACUGUUUAUGGCGCAUAUAAAUGGAAACGAAAAAAACAGGAUUCAGACGAGAUAAAGGCCAAACCUCAAUACCUAGAGAAGACGGAUGAAGAACUAAACAAUGAAUUGUACAAAUUGAACAUGUUUUUAUGCCAGCGGAGGCUUCUGGAGAACCACAGGGAGCUGUUCAAACUGCAGCUGGACGACGUGGAGAGAGAGAGGGAGGACAACAAGGAGAAGAUCCAGUCAGUGGAGAAGUUAAUAACAGAGAGCGAGAGAGAAAAGGCAACUGAGACAACAGAAGAACUCCUCAGAGAGAAACAAAAGCUGUUAAGUGCUCAGUGGAAGCUGGAGAGGAAAAAGGAAGACCUUGAGAAGUUGCAGCUGAACACAGAGAAAGUGCUGCAGAGUGAAGAGGCAGACGGUCUUCUGACCAGGAUGACCGAGAAGAAGCAGAAUUUAGAGAAGAAAGAUGAAGGAAAGUGAGGAAUAUUCCCACUUUCAAGAAGAACUUUCAAUUUGAACUUUACCAUGUAGUUGUAGUUGGCUAAAACAAAAAUGCUGAUAUGACAUUGUGCUUUGUAGUUGUUUUGGUGAAAAAUAUUCUGUAAAAAUGAAUAAAUACUGUGUACAAACAGUUGAUUAUAAGUAGUGAAUAAGUGUGUUACAUGCUGGGGUUUGUUAUAAUUAUAACCACACUUUGAACGUAACACUGGGGGUGAUUUGUAACUUUCUAGGUGACAAACAUUUAUUUAGUUUUGGCUAGCUGAAGAUUAACAGGCAAGCCGUAACCAUGGUAACAACUGUGUGUCAGCAUAACAUGAACUCAGUGCUUCAGUUUACAUUCAUUUUGUUGGGCUUGAGUUGCGUUUGGAUGAAACAAACACCUACCACUUUUUAUUUUUACUCUGAGUUCAUUUAUUUUCAUUGUAUUUUCAGUUUUCUGCUGCUGUUUUGUUAGGUUUAGUUAAAAGGUAACACUUGGUUAGCCUUAGGGGACGUAUAGUUUGGGUUACAAUACAACCUUUCACAAUGUUAACCACAAGUGAGUAAAGGAUUAUUCCUCUUGUGCAUAUUUUUCCUAUCUUUAUAUGAUAUUAAACAUCCCAUUCAUAUAUACAUAUAUAAAUAUCACUUGUUACUUGAUAUUUUACUAAUGAUUGCACAUUUCUUUCAGUCGGUGUUAUUUUAGUAACUGAACAUGACAUACAGUAUCUUGUAACUGAAUAAACAGA